GCUGUUCAGUUGGGCUCUGAUCCAAAAGGAGAAAGCCUUUUAUAUACGAAUGGAAAAACUGUUAUUAUUCGUAAUUUAGCUAAUCCGGCUGUAGCGACUGAAUAUACUGGGCAUUCUGCUCAAGCCACAGUGGCACGUUAUUCACCAAGUGGAUAUUAUGUAGCUUCUGGCGAUAUACAUGGCAAUGUUCGUAUAUGGGAUGCCACCCAAGACGAAAAAAUUCUAAAGAAUGAGGUUAAAGUCAUUUCUGGAAGGAUUAAUGAUAUUGCUUGGGAUUCCGAGAGUAAAAGAAUGAUUGCUGUUGGUGAUGGUAAAGAGCGAUAUGGCCGUGCAUUUUUGUUUGAUACUGGAUCUUCUGUUGGAGAAAUAAGUGGCCAUACUAAAGUUAUUAAUAGUGUCAGUAUCCGUCAACAACGUCCGUUCCGUGCCGCAACAGCGUCUGAUGACUUUUCUGUCGUAUUCCUACAUGGAGUACCGUAUAAACAUAACUUAACCAUAAGGGAUCAUACAGCAUUCGUUCAGAGUGUAAAAUUUUCUCCUGACGGUGAAAAACUGGUGACAGUAGGGUCGGAUAAAAAGGUGUUUUUAUACGAAGGGAAGACUGGUAGCAAAUUGUCGUGUCUUUCAGAUGCUGUUGCAACUGAUUCUCACAAAGGUAGCAUUUUUGCUGUUUCAUGGUCACCCGAUGGUAAACAACUUCUCACUUCGUCUGGUGAUAAGACUGCAAAAAUCUGGGAUAUUGAAGCCCAAAAAGUCGUACAGACGUUCGGGUUUUCCGAUACGAUUGACGACCAACAAGUCGGAAAUUUUUGGGAAGGUGAAUAUAUCAUUAGCCUGUCACUAUCCGGGGAUAUCAACUACCUUGAUCAGAAAUCACCAUCACCUGUAAAGGUGGUUAAGGGUCAUCAAAAAGCAAUUACUGCGUUUACGCAAAGCGAAGAUUCAACAUUAUUUACUGGAAGUUAUGAUGGACUGGGUGGCAAUACUCAUACCAACUCAGUUACUCAAUUGACUUCUCAAGGGAAGAAAGUGGUUUCUGUUGGCAUGGAUGAUACUGUUAGAAUGAUUGAUGUUGAUGUAAAAUCAUUCGGUACAUCUGUCAUCCCAACCGGUGCUUUACCGAAAGGUGUUACAGUUUCUGAGAAUAAGAUAGUAGUUGCUACUAUAAAUGAUAUACAACUUAUCAGUAAUGAUAAGUGCAUAUUCAGUAUUAAAGUACAAUCCCCUCCUGGUGCUAUUGCUAUCAAUCCUGCAUGCACAGAAAUUGCUGUCGGCAGUGAAGAUGCAAAGGUCCGAAUAUAUAAGUUGAAUGAAGAUAAGCUCGAAGAGCAAGAGGAAAAAUUAUCGUCUAAUAGAGGUGCUAUCACAGCUAUUGCGUAUUCUCCUAAUGGUUCCUUACUUGCUGUUGGAGAUUCACAAGGAAAAAUUUAUGUAUAUGAUGCAAAUAGCAAAAAGGUCAAUAUUUCAGAGUGGGUCUUUCAUACUGCCCGUAUCUAUGCCAUUGCUUGGUCACCAGAUAGUCUUCAUUUAGUUAGUAGUUCUUUGGAUACUAAUAUUUAUGUAUGGAGUGUCGAAAAGCCAUCAAAUCGUAUUGCGAUUAAAGGUGCACAUCAGGUCAGUGUAUCUGGAGUAACAUUUUUAGACAACAACACAGUAUCUUCUGUUGGACAAGAUGCGUGUUUGAAAACUUGGGCACUUCAAUAUCCUUGA